GUCGGCUUGGCCACGGAUUAGCCUUUUCCCCCUCUCCUUCCCCCCUCUUCAUUCUCUCUCUCUCUCUCUCUCUACUUUCUCUCUCUUCGAUGGCGGAGAACGAAGCAGAAUCAGAGAGAUCGCCGGCGGCGGAGGCCUCGUCACGUGAUCCGCACGCGAUGAGCAGAUCGCUGCGGGUGCUCCUCGUCGAGGGCGACGACUCGACCCGCCAGAUCGUCACCGCUUUGCUCCGGAAGUGCAAUUACCGAGUCGCGGGGGUCGCCGACGGGAUGAAGGCUUGGGAGGUGAUGAAGGAGAAGCGGUACGGGUUCGAUCUGGUGCUGACCGAAGUUGCGACGCCUUCGCUGUCGGGGAUCGGGCUCCUGACGAAGAUCAUGGGCUCUGAAGAGUGCAAGAAUAUUCCCGUUAUCAUGAUGUCUACCCAUGACUCCGUUAAUGUGGUACUUAAGUGCAUGUUAAAGGGUGCUGUAGAUUUUCUUGUGAAGCCAGUUAGAAAAAAUGAGCUGCGAAACCUGUGGCAGCAUGUUUGGAGGAGGCAUUGUGCGAACAGAGACAUGAAUGCAUCAGAGAACAAUACUGCCAGCAAUCAAAUUAGUGCAAAUGUUGGUGGCAUAUCCAAGACCGGGGAAAACAGCGAUCAACAAAGUGAUGCUCAGAGUUCAGGUAGUAAACAAGAUAUAGAAAUUGAAAGCACACAGAAGCAUGAAGAACCUCCUCGAGUUGAAGAUAGGUGUACCAGUAAGAGGGAGCGCAACCCAGACUUUUCUGCUAAAGAUACAACAAUUGGAGCAAGUGGAUCGAAGAUGGACAAUGUUGGCAAUGCAGGAGACUAUAAGCUUGUUAGGACAACUUUACCCAUUCAAGAAAUUUCGAUGGCUAAUGUAGGUCAAGAAAAGAACCAACCUCACAAUAUUUCCUCAAACAGGGAGGAAAUUUUGGAUGCUGUAAAGUAUACCAAUGACAACAAUGAUGAUCCUAGAUCCCACAGUCAGAAGAAUGCUCCAAACGAGUCUAUGCAGAACAUGAUGGUCUUUGUUGAGCCAGUAUCUAAUGGACUAUGUAAUUAUGCUCUUUUGAAAAGGGAUGUUCUAUUGAAAGAUGGAUCACAUGAAAUUGCAAAACCUUCUUAUGUAAAUGGGACAUCAAAUAUUGGCCCUUCGCCUUUAUGGGAACUCUCUAUGAGGAGACCUCAGUCUGCUAGCUGUGUACAACCAGAGCUGAAAGGAAAGCAUGUCUUACAACAUUCUGUCUCCUCAGCCUUUUCGAGGUAUGGAGAGAAGACGAUCCCUUCUUUUCAUAAGUCAGCUUCUUCAGAUUUAUGUGUCAAAACAAGUGAAUGUGUCAAAAACUAUUCCCUUAUAAGCAAUAAUGUGGUCAAUAAUGAAAAGAACACACAACUCUCUCAUACUGAGAUGACACUGUCAUCUCAUCAGGGCAAGGAAGGCGAAACCAUGGUCUAUUUUCAGAUCUCAUCCACUGACAAGAAGGUUGCUAGCCUGCCUUCUCAGCCAGAAGACAAUGAUCCUGCUGGUCACACAUCCACUACGAAGGACACUGUUCUUCAUUGCCCCACAUCACCAUUUGGUUUCAUACCGGUACCAGUUCCUGUUGGUGCAAUACCUUAUCAGAGCUUAUGUGCAGGUUAUGGAGGUAUGCCAGUAUUCUAUCCAAAACCUAUAGAGGCACUACAGAGUUUAGCUGAGAGAUCCACAACUCAGUUUCCAUCUUCUCAUCAUUCUGUCCAUCAUAACAAUCAUCAAACAUAUUCCCAUGUAAUAACUGAUCACCCUCAUAACGGGAGACAAGAAAUUGACAUGUCUGAACCGGGUGAUUCGAAAGAGUUGUGCAAUAACCUGGAACAAGCUUACCAGAGUGGUAGCUGUAGCCAGGAUGUAGCUGGAAAUGCAGGAAUUGCUCUAGAAAGUGGGAAUGAGAGUGGUGUGCAGAACUGCAACAGGAAGUUUUCGGACUGUGACCGUUCUCGUCGUGAAGCUGCCUUGAUGAAAUUCCGCUUGAAGCGGAAAGACAGAUGUUUUGAGAAAAAGGUUAGAUAUUAUAGUAGGAAAAAACUUGCUGAGCAGCGACCGAGGAUAAAAGGCCAAUUUGUGAGGCAAAAAAUCCCUGAGUCCACAACUACAAGAGAAGGGGCCAACUGAUUGUAAAGAGUUUGGAUGUACGAUAUACAUAUUUUGAGGCUUUGGGGCUUCCAUUUUUGCAACUUCUGGAACAGCAAUGUAUUUGGAUACUAAUACGACAGAAUGUGAGCUCGAACAGGUACUUUCGUCAAAGGUGUACUCACACUCAGAACAAUUCUACAAAACUAACUGUCAAAAUGCAAAGGCUCACUCUCUUGCAAUUUGUCAUUUUUUGUGUCUUCUUUUUUUCUAUAGAUAUAUGCAGAUAAGAUAUGUAUUGCAUUUUCGUGGAAAUUUGUUUUCUGCCAGAGGCCCGAUGCAGCGAAGGUUUUUCUCUGACCAGAUGUAUACAGUUAGAAGUUUUUCCCCCCAUGUAUCUCAUUCCUGAAAUCAGUACAUGUCAGUUAUUAACGGACG